ACAACAGAACAUUUUUUAAUUAAAAUUUGAGUCGUCUUCAACAAAAUGCAAGAGUCGGAAAAUACAUCAAAAUCUGCAAAAAUUGGAAGUACCAACAUUGAAUUAUUAGACGGAGGACGAACAUCUGACCAUAUUGUUAUCACAACGUGUCAAAGAAAUGAAGGAGCAGAGAAGCAAGAGUCAAGCGAUGAAACUGACAUAGAAGACCGUCUUCUCUCUGCGAUCUGCAAGGGAGGCAGACUCGGCGCCGCGUGCUACACCUUGCAAACUGGAGAGUUGCAAGUGUUGGAGGAAAUAAUGGACAGCGGGCCCGAACAUCAAAUAUUCCAGUCAUUAUAUCGCCAAACCGAACCUGUCAGAGUUAUUCUGGACAGUAAAAGCCAGAACACGUUUAUAGACGUCGUGAAAAAUGCCGUGUUCCACAACGGAGAGAUGACAGACGCAAGAUGUAAACUGUUCUUUGUGUCUUCGAAGGAUUACAACUACGAAGCCUGCAAGCGCCGCAUCUACUCGCUGGCUCUCCCAGGUGAGCCCUCGGCCUGCAGCGAGGAGCAGCGCGCCAUCUUCCUUCGUACUGUGCUGGACUUCUCGCAGACCAUGAGCGUGCAUGCACUGGGGGCGCUGUUACGGUACCUGGAUCUUAACUGGUCUAACCUCAACAUGGACUUGCACACCAAACCGCACUUCAUGACCUUGAAAAGGAUUUCGCUGUUGGACAUCGUUCUCAUGGACGAGGACACGUACCGCGGCCUGCAGAUCUUCAACACGCAGGCGCACCCCAGCGGCUUCAAGCGCGGCGUGCAGGGCUCUAACAAGGAGGGCCUCAGUUUGUUCCAUCUCUUCAGCAAAUGCUACUCCAAGGUGGGACAAGCGCGGCUGAGGCUACUUCUUCGUCACCCAACAACAGAUAUAGAGACGCUAAGACAACGACAAGAUGUGAUAGAGUUCUUCAUGAAGCCUCAGAGCGACUCCAUCAUGAGAAAUAUUUGUUCCUCUCUACGCUACAUCAAAAAUGUUAAUGGAAUAUUAGCAAAAAUAAAAGCAUUAUCAGCCAAAGCUUUCGUUUGGAAAUCUCUUUACAAUACAUUAUACAACGCAGUGGUGAUCAGCGAGAUAUGUGAGAACGCCAGACGAGCCAGCCAAUAUCUGGACAAGAUCGCUUCCUUCGAUACCAACAAGUUGUAUGAGAUGGCGCUUUACAUGAACAGAAUAAUAGAUUUUGAUCUGUCCAAGUCUGAGGGAAAGUUUACUGUGAAAGUAGGAGUGGACGCUGAUUUGGAUAUGAAAAAACAAACAAUGGCAAGUCUCCACGGGUUGAUGUCAGAGACAGCUAAGGUGGAGAUGGAGCGACUGCCCAGCUUCAUCGAGGAAUGCACCAUGCUGUAUAUGCCGCACCUGGGGUACCUGCUGGGUGUGCGCGCCUGGAGUGAUCACCUCACACUCGAACAGAAGGAGCUGCCUGACAUGAAGUUUAUGUUUCAAAACAAUGACUACAUCCAUUACAAGAGCAAGGGCUGUGAAGAGCUGGACAUGAUAAUAGGCGAUACGUACCCGGAGAUCGUGGCCCACGAGGCCAGGAUCAUGAUGCGUCUCACCACCAUCAUACUGGACAACCUGGCCACGCUGGCGACGCUCAUCGAUAUGUGUGCUGAGCUGGACUGCUUAAUAGCAAUAUCGAAAGUCUGCAAAGAGUACAACUUCGUCCGGCCGACCUUAAGUACAGAGAAGGUCAUACAGAUAAAGCAGGGUCGACACCCGCUGUACUUGCUCACCUGCGACAACUUCGUGGCCAACGACGCCGAGAGCAGUCGCGAGGCGGGCUUCGUGAAGAUCCUGACAGGGCCCAACGCGAGCGGCAAGUCUGUCUAUAUGAAGCAGAUAGGUCUAAUCGUAUAUCUUUCACAUAUUGGUAGUUUCGUGCCGGCUGACUCGGCUACCAUCGGCAUAGUCUCCCAUAUUUACUCCAGAAUUGAAUCAACAGAAUGUAUAGCGGCUCAUAUGUCUGCCUUCCUCAUAGAUUUAAAGCAGAGUUUGGAGCACAUGGUAGUGAAUGGUGCACCGGUGUACCUGUAUCGCGCGGUACCCGGCUCGGUGGAGAGCAGCUUCGCGGGGCAACUAGCGGCCGCCAGCGGGGUUCACCGCACGGUGGUGGACAGAGCCGCGAGGGUCAGACAAGCCAUCGCGAACAACAAACUCCCCGAAGCAAACCCUAGAAAGGCGAGGCUGUACAACAUGAUCCAGCGAAUGAAACACGAAUUAUUACAAACGAAGUAUAAUUAAAUAUCUGAGAUACUUAGCAACGAAUUAUUAAUAAAAUUUUAUAUAAAAAAAA